AUGGAAGAGCUCACGAAAACUUGGAACAACCUAACCCUCUCAGAAUGCGAAGGAUCUAACUUCCAUAUCACGGAGGAACAAGCAAAGACUGAGUUUACUCUAGCAGCUAAGUUCUUGACAAAGCGAGCUCUCAACAUAGAUGCCAUAGCUAAGACUUUCACACCCAUUUGGAGAUCGAAAAAUGGUUUCAAAAUAAAAAAGGAGAGUGACCAUGUGGUUUUGUUUACGUUUGACGAAAAGAGUGAAAUAGAUAAAAUUAUGGCAACAGAGCCAUGGAGCUUCGACAAACGUUUAAUGGUAUUGCAACGAUACGAGAAGGAUACAGACUUGGAAGAUAUGGUGUUUAGUAAGGUAACAUUUUGGGUGCAAGUACAUGACCUUCCAAUCAGAUUUCGGACAAGGAAGAUUGUUGAACAACUGUGUGAAGUGGUAGGAAAGGUGCAUGUGGAAACUGAUGAAGCUGAAACAGAGGGUGAAAACUUCUUGAGAGUCCAAGUGACUAUCGAUGUCUCUAAACCUCUGCGUAGGGGGCGAGUUAUAUCUCUUGAUAAUGGUAAAGAACUGUGGGUGCCUUUCAAAUACGAAAGACUUCCAAGUCUCUGUUUCUGGUGUGGCUGUUUGACACAUGAUGACCGUGACUGCAGACGCUGGAUUGAAAGUGAAGGCAGCCAUACACCUGAAUCUUAA